AUGCAGUUAUCAGCCUCGACAGUCAAGUCGAUCAACCUGCUGCUCAAGGUGAGUAUUCUGCUGACGAUUGCUGGCGCUGCGGUUUCGUCGCGUCUGUUUUCGGUGAUUCGGUUUGAGUCCAUCAUCCACGAGUUUGACCCUUGGUUCAACUUCCGAGCCUCCAAGUAUCUGGUCAACAACAGUUACUACAAGUUCCUCAACUGGUUCGACGACAAGACAUGGUACCCUCUUGGCCGAGUCACUGGAGGUACCCUCUACCCCGGUCUCAUGGUCACCUCUGGUGUCAUCCACAAGCUGCUGCGAAUGGUGGCCCUGCCCAUUGACAUUCGAAACAUUUGUGUCAUGAUGGCACCCGCCUUCUCGGGCCUCACGGCCUACGCCACCUACCUGUUCACCAGUGAGAUGAAGGACCAGAGUGCCGGUCUGUUGGCCGCUGCCUUCAUCGGUAUUGCCCCCGGAUACAUUUCUCGAUCUGUCGCUGGAUCCUACGAUAACGAGGCAAUUGCCAUUUUCCUGCUCAUGAUCACCUUCUACACCUGGAUCAAGGCCCUCAAGAUGGGGUCAGCUUUCUGGGGUGCUGUCUGUGCUGCCUUUUAUUUCUACAUGGUCGCCGCCUGGGGAGGAUACGUGUUUAUCACUAAUAUGAUCCCUCUUCAUGUGUUUGUGCUCAUCCUCAUGGGCCGAUACAAUGACCGAAUCUACGUGGCCUACAGCACAUGGUAUGCGCUGGGUACACUCGCCUCCAUGCAGAUUCCUUUUGUGGGUUUCCUACCCAUCCGGUCCUCUGAGCACAUGGCUGCUCUAGGUGUCUUUGGACUGGUUCAGCUGGCCGCUUUUGCCAACUACAUCAAGAGCCAGGUCACCCCCAAGCAGUUCAAGUACACCGUCGGUCUGUCUCUGGUGGGUCUCAUUGCUAUUGCCUUCGCUGGCCUCGUGGGUCUCACUGUCUCUGGUGUCAUUGCUCCCUGGACCGGCCGAUUCUACUCCCUCUGGGAUACCGGCUACGCCAAGAUCCACAUUCCCAUUAUUGCCUCUGUCUCCGAGCACCAGCCUACUGCCUGGCCUGCUUUCUUCUUUGACACCCAGAUGCUCAUCUGGCUCUUCCCUGCUGGUGUCUACCUCAUCUUCCAGGAGCUGCGAGACGAGCACAUUUUUGUCAUUGUGUACUCCAUUCUCGGUUCAUACUUUGCCGGUGUCAUGGUGCGACUCAUGCUCACUCUGACUCCUGUCAUCUGUGUGUCCGCUGCUAUUGCCAUCUCCACCCUGCUUGACGUCUACGGUGACUUCUCUACCAAGACUAAGGGCGACACUGUUCUGGUUCCUAAGUAUCAGCCUCUCGGUCACGAGAAGCCUGGUGAAGUUGUUGAGGAUGACGAGGAUGACGAGACUGUCGACAAGGCCGCCAAGUUCACCCUUGGUCUUGUUGCCAAGGGAGCCGUGAUUGUCUCCUUCCUCUUUUACCUUGGUAUGUUUGUCUACCAUUGCACCUGGGUCACUUCUAACGCUUACUCUUCACCCUCCGUUGUUCUUGCCUCUCGAAUGCCGGACGGCUCUCAGCAUCUCAUUGAUGACUACCGAGAGGCUUACUACUGGCUUCGAAUGAACACCCCCGAGGAUGCUCGAAUCAUGUCCUGGUGGGAUUACGGCUACCAGAUUGGAGGAAUGGCCGACCGAACCACUCUUGUGGAUAACAACACGUGGAACAAUACCCACAUUGCUACUGUUGGCAAGGCUAUGUCUUCCUCCGAGGAGGUGGCGUACCCCAUCCUGCGCCAGCACGAUGUGGAUUACGUUCUUGUCAUCUUCGGCGGCCAUCUUGGCUACUCCGGAGACGACAUCAACAAGUUCCUGUGGAUGGUGCGAAUCGCCGAGGGCAUUUGGCCUGACGAGAUCAAGGAGCGAAACUACUUCACUCCUGCUGGCGAGUACAAGGUUGACGACAAGGCGUCCGAGGCCAUGAAGAACUCGCUCAUGUACAAAAUGUCGUACUACCGGUUCGCGGAGGGCACACAAAAGCCUGACCGAGUUCGAAACCAGUGGAUCCCCCCUACUCCUAUCGAGCUCAACACUCUCGAGGAGGCUUACACCACAGAAAACUGGCUGGUGCGUCUCUAUAAGGUCAAGGACCUCGAUAACCUGGGACGCGAUCUGAAGAGCGCCAAGAGCUUUGACACUGGAAAGGCCAAGAAGAAGGGCAAGGCUGCGUACUCGGAGAAGCGAGCCUUCGAACUUAGAGAGUAG